UAUCUCUUUAAACAAGAAAGAUAUGUUUCUCAAUUUUACAUCUAUUCAGAAACAUUUUUAAAUUUCUAUUUGUCAAUGGAGCGUACAUUGAAUGACCUGGUGGAAGACGUAUCAAAAUCAAAAAAGCAGGCAACAGAUAUUUAUUAUCGCACUAUUUCAAGACAGAUGGUCUUUGAUGUCUAUCAAAAUCUGGGAACUAAAAUUACAGCUAACACUCAUGAGAGUGAUGCAGACAGUGAUCGGAAGACAAAAAAAUUACCCUGUUCAUUCAUGAAGAAAUCUUGGUUGUCUGAUUCUUUUAGUUUAGACCAAGUUUCAAAGCAUAACAAAUGUGACAAAGAUAUGAGGUAUAAAUUGGAUAACACACUUCAAAAGAUCACAGAACAUAUGUGUCAAAUUUCUGAUCAUUGCCAGUGUUUUUACAAGUCUUGUUCCAAGAAAAGUCUCUCAGAAGCAGAAACCAGACAUUUCAAAGCCUAUCAUAAAACUCUGAAGAGCCCAAAGAAAAAGAGCAAGAAGCAUACCACCAAAGAGUCAAGUAGUGAAUGUAACACUGAUGACUCUGUGAGUGGAACAUCUGGAUGUAAAAGCUCUACGGUGCCAAAUAAAGAACAUAAACCAUAUAAAAAACAGGUUACGGUGAAAGUUCGCCCGGCUAAAUGUUCACAUAAAGCUAAAGAUUCUUUCAAAAAAUAUGAUAAGAAUUGUUCUCACUCAAUAGCCACAGCUUUUGCAGGCCCGGAACAAUCUCAAAUGCCUUACCAGGAUAAGCUCUACACCACAUUGGGAAAUUCAGAAACUUUUACCAAACCUGUUACCGGUAUCGCCAGUACAACUAAAGGUUUUCUAAGUUCUUCAUUAGAUGAUAGCACCUGCUCUGAGGGCAUGGAAGAACAGAAUGAAAGACCACAGACUGCUUGGGCAGAGACUUUGUACAAGAACCCCCAGACUGCUUGGGCAGAGACCUUGUACAAGAACCCUGGUCAAAACCCUUUGUCUGAUGUUAUUGGUACUGCACAAGGAAAUAGAGUGAUCAAAUUGAGUCAAAAACAAAAUGCUGGUGUCAUUGCGGAUACAGCAAGGCUAAGAACACAAAGUCUUCCUUUAAAACCAUCUUACUGUAAGGCGCCACCAACGAAAAGAUCAACUAGCAGCGCCUUUGAAUCCAGUGCACAUGUCCAGGGUCGAUCCCUACACUCAACAGCUGACAGCCAAAAGCGAAGUGAUGCUAUGAAUGCUGAGAUGUCAAGACAGGGCAUCUGCAUUAUCACAAAUCCUGGCCAGUACAUAGUGAGAAAACCUUUGCUUGGAUCUAAUAAACAUUUGUUUCAUGUUGAGCCAGGUCAGUUUAUCAAGCUCAAUAUCAAUGAUCUUGACAACAGUUGAUUCUACCAUCAUUAUUAUACACAAUAAUUUUUCUAAGCAUUUACAUUCUUUAAGAAGUUUUUCUAUUUGUAACCUCUUUCCCCCCCCCCCCCCCCCAUAUACUUGUACAUAUUUUGGUACGGUGCUCUGUUUUAUUUUUACUUGACAUUAUGUCAUCUUGUAUGUAGCAACUACAAAUUUUAUUUACACAUUGAUCUGAUAUUGAUUCAUGUUUUUACUGCUGUUUUAACUACUGUCUUUCACUUUCUUUCUUCACAAGAAUAAUUUUAAUACUGUAGUGUACACUUUUUUGGUCAAUAAUAAUUGACAUUAUUUAAUCUAGUUCUCAUAGAUUACUGGACUCUUUUUUUUUUUUUUUUUUUGGACUUCCAAUGCCAAUAAACAUUAAGAUUUCAGAAUCCGCUUUCCAAGCAAAAUAUUAACAUUGGAUGUAUAGGAUUAUAAAAUAACAAAUCUGUCUCCUUUGACAUGAUCUUAGGACAAUGUUCACCUAUACUGUAAAGUUCAAAGAAACUUUUUUUGUUUACAUUUCAAUUUUCCAGAUCUAUUUAUUAACGACAGAUUUCUAUGGUCAGCCUUUUCCAAUGUAAACAGUUUUUUUUUUUCAUCAUAU